AUGGUUACCAAACCACAUCUAGAAGAGGAAAAGCCCUCCAGGGUGACGGACAAACCACAGGAUGCUGCGGACAGCGGUAAACCAUCCAAGAAACCCCGUCAUCGUCACAGUCCUGCUCAGCUCGCUGCUCUCAACGAGCUGUUCGAGAAAAGUGAACGCCCAAGCCUCGACGACCGAAACGAGCUGGCCGAGAGGUUAGGAAUGGAGGGCAAAACCGUCAAUGCUUGGUUUCAGAACAAGCGGGCUUCUACGAAGAAGCGAAAUAAGGGGGGCCCUUCCGAAUCGGCCCCCAUGAAUCAAGGCGACAUACCGGAGGACACUUUCAAGGCAUCUCCGCCUUCUGCACUACCAUCAAUAGCAAGUUUACUAAAUGAUGCACCCUCUCUGUCAUCGACAUCAUUAAACCCGCCACACUCCACACAGCCCCGCUCAUACUCUCGGAGGACGAAGCGGAAAGACUUGCACUCGAGGGAUAUGGCCUUCCCCAAUGCCGAUGUUACUAUUAACCACAACCAACAUGAUCAUCCUCGAGAGGGUGUUCUUGAAAGCUCAUUCUUCGCUGGUCCGCAGGAGUUCUUUUCCAUCCAAGACAAGUUCAUUUCUCACAAUCGUGGGCCUGACGCUGAGGAUGGGGCUGUACCAUCACUACUAAAUGGGGAAAUGGCCCGCUUCCCACCAGAAACGGACAGCCGCUUUGUGUCCGAAAACGAUGGUGCUGCUGAUGGCCAUCCGUCUAGGAAGGGAAGAACCGAGUCUUCUCGCAUGCGCACCUCUUCUAAGCAGGCGGAAGAACUUCACCGUGUAUACGCUAUCAACUCUCGUCCCACUCGCGAUCAGAGGCGAGAACUGGCUGAUCGCAUCGGAAUGCGUCUUCAAAGUGUAACAAAUUGGUUCCAGAACCAGCGCAGUCAAGCCAAGAAACACAAGGAUGAACCCAGAUCCGUUCCUGCAUCCUCACCCGUGGAAAGUGAUGUAUCCGGGAAUCGUGAACACCUUCCACUUCCCAAUGAUAAUGAUGGUGCGCCUGCGCCACUGCACUGGAAUCAUCCCACCGCUCCACCACGUGGUCGUCGGCCGUCUUUGGCUCUGCCGGACAACAGCCUUCCGCCGUUGCAGAAGUUGACAUCGAAGUCAGCCAUCGAGCCUCUAGGUAGAAUGUCACUCCCUCCGUCUCAUCCACUGUCUCCGCGGACUCGCAGAAGCAUGACCCCUUAUGCAAGACAUACCCGUUCCGACGAACCCCCACCCCAGAAGGGUAAUGUCAAGGCUGAGGAUAUCCUUGCACGCAAUCGCCGUUCCAGACCCCAGCCACAUCAACUUCGGGCUCUCAGACAGCUCUUACGGCGGACAUCCACACCUUCUAUGGAGGAGCGUACUGCUUUAGCAUUGGAGAUAGGAAUGUGUUCUAGGGAUGUUGGUCGGGUUACAAACUGGUUUCGCAAUGUCCGCCAAACAGCACGCAAACGUGCGAAGCAGAGUCGGGAUGGUUCUUCGUCGCGGAGUCGUCCCCGCGAGCAUGACACUUCCUCUGGGUCAUCAUCUGCGUGUGACGAGGAGGACGCAAUGGAUCUAGAUUAUGAGGAUCUACUUGACCGCGAGAUAGAUGACUGGAGUGAGGAAGAAUGUCAGGAGGCUGUUACACCUUCUUCAGGGGUGUCCCAGUCUCCACCGCCUGCCAAACGGCCCAGACCGCAUAUUCCCGUUCAUCGUGGGAUAGAAAGCAUAGGCGUUGGGAGCAUGGGUGUUGGCCUGAUCGAACCUGGUGCUUUCCAGGAACUAGAAAAGGCCGUCGGAAUAUCGAAUGUUGGCAGUGCAAACGACUACACGCUUGUCCCCAGAAGGAACCCUGCGACCGGUUCUGGGGUGCGAAUCGAGGAUGCCCUUCUAUUAUUGAGCUUCCACCAGCAUGUUGUUCAUUAG